CUGUUAAGAGGAGCGAGUGAAUGUGAGCGUCACCAGAUUGCCAUAUGAGUUCUGAAAAGCAUUUGGCUCAUGGGAAUGAUUGCUCUAAAAAUAGAUUAGGAGGAGAGUUUUCGGUUAGGUCCAGUUUCAGGUUCCAGCUGAGCUAGCUUUAGGAAACUUUUGCUCCUGUUGCAAGACUAGAGAGAAGAUAAAUCAUUUCUUCUUCCACCUUCGACAUUGAUUUUUGGAUACCAGUACACUUAUUUUACCUAUGGAAAUCAAGCAUUAAUGUUAUGGCUGACGACACAGAGACUAAGCAUGGAGGAAGCAAGAAUGGAAAGAAAGAAGGUCUCUCUGGAAGCUCAUUUUUCACCUGGUUUAUGGUAAUUGCUUUGCUGGGAGUUUGGACGUCAGUAGCAGUUGUUUGGUUUGAACUUGUAGAUUAUGAAGAAGUUCUAGCCAAAGCAAAGGAUUUCCGUUAUAACUUGUCAGAGGUACUACAAGGCAAGCUUGGUAUUUAUGAUGCUGAUGGAGAUGGAGAUUUUGAUGUAGAAGAUGCUAAAGUUUUGCUAGGCCUUAAAGAAAGAUCUGUCCCAGCACAGCCAACAUCACCAGAAUCCGAGGAGACCAUUCAGCCUGCUGAGCAGUUUGUCGAGUCAGAGCACAAGAAUGCUGAAGUAGAAUUGGAAGAGGAAAUUCAGUCUGUUCUUCAUGAAGCUCUCCAUUCCCAGUCUGGAGGGAGACAUGAAGAUGUAGAUGAAAGCAUAAAUGACCAGUGGCAAGUGAAGGAAGAAAUACAUGAAGAAGCUUUUGGAACUCCUACAGCAGAUGACUUACAUGGAGAAUCAGAGAAUGAAAUGCCAGAAGCAUAUGAGUUGCCAGAUUCAAUUCAGAAAGAAACUGAUGUUUUAGCAGAUGAUCUUGGAGCAAUGGAGCCUGAAACGUAUGAAGUUCCAGUUUCAUUUGAUUAUGAUAUGGGUGUGGAAAACACAGUAAGUGAGCCAGAAGCUCCAGGUGAUACUGAGCUAAUGCGAGAAGAUGCUAUUGAACAUCAUACAGAGGACAGAGUGCAUGGGGAUUACAAUGAAGAACACGAACCAAAACAGGAAGAGGAGACUGGGAGCCAAGAUACAGCUGUCGAGGACGUUCCUGAGGAGAUAAAUGAAGUCACAGAGCCGGAUGAAGUUAUUGAAGAUUUGGAAAUUGAUGAAAAGCUGUCAGUAGAAAGUAAACAUACCGAAGAUAAAGUGGCGACUGAGCCUGAGGAAUCAGAAAUGCCUGUUCAAGUUGAGGAUUAUUCAGAUGAUAAUCUAGUGGGAAAAAGUGAAAAAGAAACUGAGCAAGAAAUAAAAGAAAAAGCUAAAAAGAAGAAGCCAAAGCUCUUAAACAAGUUUGAUAAGACCAUUAAAGCUGAACUAGAUGCUGCAGAAAAAUUACGUAAAAAAGGAAAAGUUGAAGAGGCUCUAACGGCCUUUGAAGCAUUAGUGAAUCAAUAUCCACAGAGUCCACGAGCAAGAUAUGGAAAAGCACAGUCUGAAGAUGACUUGGCUGAGAAAAUGCGAAGCAAUGAGAUUUUGCAACAAGCCAUCAACACCUAUGACGAGGUGGCUAGUCUACCAAAUGUCCCUUCAGAUCUGAUGAAACUGAGCUUGAAACGAGAAGCAGACAGGCAGCAGUUUCUUGGUCGCAUGAGAGGUUCUCUGGUUACUCUACAGAAAUUAGUUCAUCUGUUUCCCAGUGACACUUCUUUCAAGAAUGACCUUGGAGUUGGUUACCUCUUGAUAGGCGAUAACAGCAAUGCCAAGAAAGUAUAUGAAGAGGUUCUAAGCCUGGCUCCAAAUGAUGGCUUUGCCAAAGUACAUUAUGGCUUCAUCCUGAAGGCAGAAAACAAGAUAGCAGAAAGCAUUCCCUAUCUAAAGGAAGGACUAGAGUCUGGUGACCCUGGCACAAAUGAUGGACGCUUUUAUUUUCAUCUAGGUGAUGCCUUGCAGAGGAUAGGAGACAAAGAGGCAUACAAAUGGUAUGAACUUGGAUACCAAAGAGGUCACUUCGCAUCUGUGUGGCAGCGCUCCCUCUACAAUGUCAAGGGACUGAAAGCUCAACCUUGGUGGACAGCAAGGGAAACCGGUUAUACAGAACUGGUGAAGUCCUUAGAAAAAAACUGGAAGCUCAUUCGGGAUGAGGGGCUUGCUGUGAUGGAUAAAAAAAGAAGCCUCUUCUUGCCUGAAGAUGAGAAUCUACGAGAAAAGGGAGACUGGAGUCAGUUUACCUUAUGGCAGCAAGGAAGAAAAAAUGAGAAUGCUUGUAAAGGUGCUCCAAAAACAUGUGCUUUACUGGAAAGAUUCCCAGAAGCUACUGGUUGCAGAAGAGGGCAGAUCAAGUAUUCUGUCAUGCAUCCAGGGACUCAUGUCUGGCCUCACACAGGGCCCACCAAUUGUAGACUAAGAAUGCAUUUGGGCUUGGUGAUACCUAAAGAAGGCUGCAGAAUUCGAUGUGCCCAAGAGAACAGAACCUGGGAAGAAGGGAAAGUCCUUAUCUUUGAUGACUCUUUUGAACAUGAAGUAUGGCAGGAUGCUGAAAAUUAUCGCCUGAUAUUCAUUGUUGAUGUGUGGCACCCUGAGUUAACAGCACAACAGAGACGCACCCUUCCUGCUAUUUAAGGGUAUACUUCUGAUGUGAAGAACAGAGGAGCUUUAACUCUUUGGAGUAUGCAGAUAGAAUCAUGCAGGAUUAACUUGUCCGGCAUAUGGAAAAUACUAAUAUUUUAAGGAUUAGAAGAUAUGAAAGAGACAUUUUACAGUGACAAAGGACUUAAAGAAAAAUAAUAAAAAAAAGUUAUUUUGUUACAUACUGAUUCAGCACUGAGAUGACAGUAUUGUUUUGCUGGCUGCAAGUUCCAAUAUACGAAUCUUGUCAGCCUAAGAGCAGUAGGUCUGGAUUUUCAAGCUGUGGAAUGUGCAGAUGUUUUUGCCAUGCCUAUGUGAUGCAUAUAAAAGCAAUUGGUCAGUCACAGGCCUGGCCAUGUUGAAGCACAAGAUUUGCAGUCCUACAUCCCGGAAAUACUUACCAGGUUUUUAUCUGUUUUAUCAAUGUGUAUGAUAUUUAUAAACAUAUGCACACAAUCAACUUUGAAAAUCAGUUAUGCAGUUGUAAUGUUAACUGCUUUACGCAUAAAACAUGUCCAUAUAUUAUCAACUGUAGAUAAUGUGAAUGGGUUGUGUGUCUUUGUAUUUUUCUACCUGAGUAACUGUAUUUUUCUAUCAUAAUUAUGAAUAGAUCCUCUGCUUUAAUCAACCACUAUUUUUUAAAAAACAAUAUAUGUAUAAGUGCUUCUCUAGCUAUUAGCAAAAGAACACUGUAUAUGAGUAGAUUUCAUUUUUGCCAUAUGUGGCCUUCUCUUGCCUGCCUGGAAAUGCAAUCAGAAACUUGCAUUAUCAACUUCCUAGUGAAGUUUUGUUUUCCUAAAACAAAGUAGUUCUCUUAGCUAGCAGGUAGACUGCAGUUUUAGAAUGUGAUUUUGGAAGAUGCUGAGCAAAGGUGACAACUGUAGAUGCAGAUCUGAAGGUACUUGACAGAAUUGAGGAUUAUAUGGUGAACUGCUGUUCCUCCUGUCGUUACUAAAGUUUGUGUUAUGAUAACCCUUUUCUAGCCAGCCAGAGUGUGAGGCAUCUCCUUUCAGGGGCUCCUUCUAGGGUGACCUUGAGUGGUUGUUCAACAGAAAAAAAUCUAGGAAGAAUUUCUUGAGCUAAGAGCAGACAAACAAGGUCUAACUUGGAUUCCUGCUAGGAUGCAGAGCAGACAAAGAGCUGGAAGAGCUUUUCUCAAGGUAUUAACUUGUAUUCUGCUGCCAGCAUCCUACAGAGUGGUAUAAUGAUCACUUAAAUGAGCUAACAGUGUGCUCGCUGUCUUGAAAUGUAUGAAAAAAUAUUGAAGUAAUCUUAUCGCAGUACAGUUUACAGUAUACUCUGUAUUUGCUAUCUUGAAUUUCCUGUAUGGUAAAAUGGCCUUAUUUUCAAGAAAGAAAUCUGGUUGGAUGUUUAAGCAGUUUGCUGGCCUUUUGGCAUGGUACUGUUUUGUGGGAGACAGAGGGCACAGGCCCCUCAGCUGUUAGCACUAACACGGGGGAGAGACCCAAGGUUGCACUGAUGAAGUUUAUGGCAGGCUCUUAUCCACUCUUGUGCCAAACCAGCCACAUGCGGACAGGCACACUAGGGUGCUCAGUGUUACCGAGCCUGUGGCAUCAUUACUGAGGGCUUGUGAGAGACAGGUGCUAAGCAAGGAGACAGAGAGGUUACUUAAAUUCUUUGCAGCUUUGGCUUUGUUGUUCAAAAAGCACUGAAUUAUUGGUAGUUUUGUAUUGCUAAGAGACUACAUCAUGGUACCGGAGUACUGUAUGCACUACAGCAUAUGCUACAGAUCAGAAUAUCACAUUUGCUGAUGCAAAAUACAGAUAAGAGCCUUGCAUUCCUAUAAACCAAAUGCUUUUCAGAUUUUGUAUUUUAUUAAGUACUUAAAUCAUGUAAUGCCACAGAACGCCUAGUACUUGUGCCAUAAAUUGCUGUAACUAGUUUCUGGAGGUGUGCACUUUAAUUUCCUUUUUGACUAUUAAAAAUCAAUAAGACACUCUUAUAAACCCUCUCUGAUCAAGGGUCAGUUUUAGAUAGCUAUGAUAAUUAGGCUUUAAUGUGUUGUCUGUAUCAAAAUUAUACUGACACCAUCAUCUACAAAAAAGAACAAUUCACAAUUAAUUGUCAUGAGAACUGAAAAGAUUUAUAUGAGUUUAGAAAAUAUAAAAAUACAUUUGGAAAGCUUUAGGAGAUUCAUAUGAAAAACUGGAAAUAAGGUACUCAUUAUUGCUCAUAGUAAAAAUGAAAAAAGUUUCUCUCAAUCGCGGUUGAGUCAGAGAUUGUAUUUUGUAUCUCUGUAAAGUGAUCAAGCAGUACAAAUUAUGAAUUUUUUUGUAAUUCUGUAACACAAAGACAGUAGUUUAAAGAAUGAAUCAAGAAAUGUUUAAAUCAAAAUUUAUGUUUUAGGAAUAUUUGUAUUAAUAACGCGUUGUAGUUUCUAUAGCUCACACUAAACACUCCUUAGUAAAGGAGUGGUAAACAUUUUGGAGCUUUAUUUAUAAAGAAGUCAUGCUGUGCUUCAGAUUGUUUUGUUGUGCCUUUGACGUCUUGUGCUUUAUCUUUUCAGAUUACAACUGGCAAAUAGAUCAAAGCAAUCUGCACAAAAUGUGUGUAUGCCAGGGUAGUAUGUUUAUUAAAUUGUGUAGUGACAUAUUGGGCAUUUUAAAUCUUAAAUGCCUUGAAUGCGACAAGAUGGAUUAUGAAUAGCUUCUGUAAUACUGAAGUGAUUCUACUCUAUGCUUACCUGUCAAGGAGCUGACAGCAUUUUUUUUUGUUAGAUACAGUUAUUGGUUUAGCUAUACACGUGGUGAGGAUAUGUAGCAAAUUACAGAAGUUAUUCCAUAAGUGCUAUAUCAUUUUAGGUAUUUCUGUUUGUCAACCAGUAUUCCAUCCUGAAAAAGCCUUUCAACAUUGGAAAUGCCAAUGGAAGAAAUGAAUGAAAAUGCUUUUUUAAAUGGAUAACAAUCUUAAUUUAAAUAUUUUUUGUUCUUCAGAUUUAUUUACAGUGGGCAACUGCCAGAGAAGGGCAAUAUAGUCUCCUGUUUGUAAGGCAGUACUUACUAGUCAGGAUGUUAGGAGCUGGAGUUGGACUCCUUCCUGCCUGUACUCCUUCCGUUGUACUUGCAAGCACAAAGUCUAUAUAAGAUCUUACAGUUAAGUACAGAUAGAUAUACAAGGUACCAUAUGUAUUUAUUCACGUCUCCGUUAAAACUUUAACUAAUUCUAACCCUUUUUGAGAUUUAAUCCUUAAGGAUUAGAUCUCAGUGAUAUUCAGAUUGUUUGCACAUAACAGCUCCCACUUGAAUAAACGGUGACUGUUACAGGUAGUCACAAAGAUUCCCACUUCCCAUUGUGUCAGUGUUGUUUCUCUUACUUGUGAUUACAAGAUUCUUGUGAGAGCACCAUUCCAGUGGCAGUAGAGGUAAGUGUAUUAACAGAGAAAAUUGCAAACCAAAGUAUCUCUUCAUUAAUGCUGCAGUAUAGUAUGCAAUAUUUUUGGUCUUUUUUUUGUUUCUUUUUUGUUUUUUUACUUUCUGCUUUAAGCAAGUUCUCUGGGGCAAAUCUUUGUUUCUUUGAGACUUCAUGAGCCUAGGGAAGGAAAGGGAGUUGAGUCCUGUUAGCAGGAGUGGACAUCCCAGUUUUCUGCAAUAGGUGCUGAUGCUAGGAGAAGGGGAAUGGAAGAAACCCCAAAGAUAAAUGGGCUCAGUUGUCUUAUUUGUUUAAUGUUUCUGCAAGCUUCUGAGUAUCUGCCUCUUUUACUGACUUCUGUAUUUCCCUGCUGGGAGCAUCCACUGUCUUAAGGACUUGUUCUGUAUCAUGGAGGUCAGGCUUUGUAUCAAUAACAUACUGCUGUGGAAGAAGCUUAUCCUGAAUUGGGUUAUCCUGUAUGAAUACUAGCAGGUAAAUCCCACAUGUGUUAAAUGGGAUCUGGCAGAAUGUCCUUUCUGCUCAAUGUAGGCAUAAAAUGUUGUGGUAGGCAGAGGGAACAUUUUGUCACCCCAUUCAUUAGGGCUGGCCGUGUCCAACUGAACUGUAUCAUCCCUUCAGUGUCUCACUUAGGAGUUCAGUGGGUGUUCCAGAGGCAUAUUAAAAACCAUUAUGGUGCCCAUUAUCAUCUCAUUAUAUAUAUAUAUGGUUUACGCUACUUCCUUUGACAUGCUGGUGCCAACCACUUGCUCUAAUGAUUGCCAAUGUAUGACAAUUAAAUUGAAGACAAAAGGUAUGUACAGUAUUUGUAACUGUUUUAGGAAAUAAAGUCACUGCACAUGCAAUUUGAUAA